CCAUCGGCAGUUGUUUCCCGCGAAAGACUUCGUCAGUAUCCGCACCUCACAGCUCUCUAAUGGCGUCUAAAAGAAGAGGAUUUGUAGGGUUACUUGCGCAAUUCAACAGAACCAGGUACCCUCAAUUCCCUUCAAAUUCAUCUAUUUCAUUUUCCCUGUUUUCAACGUUAGAUUUAACAAAAACCUCUUCGAUUUGCGAACCAUCGUACGACCAAAUCAAUCAUGCAUCUAAUAUGGACGAACUAUCUGUGCUGAAAGAACUCUCUAAUCUGUUGCCUAUCCACCCAAAAACUUCAACUUAUCGUCCCUUUACUGAAAGUUCAUCCGAGAAACAAAUCCAAUGUAGGGAAGUGGAUGGGUAUUUAGCGCCUGCAGAGAAACUGCGGGGGGUUUUCCUUCAGAAACUCAGCGGAAAAUCUGCAAUUGAAUCUUCCCUAACGGGCACCUCUGUGGAUUUAACUUUAGAUAUUGUUGCGGAAGUAGUGAACAGAGGAAACUUAGGCGGAGAGGCUAUGGUGACCUUUUUCAAUUGGGCAGUCAAACAUCCUUCAGUGCCGAAUGACCUUCAGACUUACCAUAUAAUUCUCAAGGCAUUGGGUAGGAGAAAAUUCUUCAAAUUUAUGGAAGAAAUCUUGAAUGAAAUGAACAAACAUGGUAUACACCCCAAUUCAGAGACUCUUUCGAUUGCAAUGGACAGCUAUGUGAGAGCUCGCAAAGUGUCGAAAGCAGUUCAAAUGUUUCAGAGGUUAGAAGAGUUUGGGUCUAAAAGUGAUACAGAGUCUCUUAAUGUGCUUUUACGCAGGCUAUGCCAGAGAUCUCAUGUUGGUACUGCGAAUUCGCUAUUUCUUGCAUUGAGUGGGAAGAUGCCCUUUAAUCGUACAACAUACAAUAUUAUCAUCAGUGGUUGGUCAAAAAUAGGCAAGGUUAGUGAAAUAGAGAGGAGUUUGAAAUCAAUGAUGGAAGAUGAGUUAGAUCCUGACUGCUUAACUUUUAGUUACAUUCUCGAGAGUCUAGGCAGAGCUGGUCGUAUUGAUGAUGCUGUUGGGGUGUUUGACCAGAUGCAGCAGAAAGGUUGUCCACCCGAUACUGUUGCUUACAAUGUGAUGAUUUCUAAUUUUUUGUCCGUUGGAGAUUUGGAUUCAUCUGUGAAAUAUUACGAGAAGAUGUUGGAGAUGAAUUGUGCUCCGGAUUUAGAUACUUAUACCAAAUUGAUUAGUGCUUUUCUCAAGUCACGAAGAGUCGCUGAUGCACUUGAAAUGUUUGAUGAUAUGUUAUGCAGAGGGAUUUUUCCUAAUACAGGGGCAGUAACAUCUAUUAUUGAACCUUUGUGUAACUUUGGUCCUCCACAUGCUGCUAUGGUUAUUUACAAGAAAGCAAGAAAAGUAGGAUGUAGAAUAUCGUUGAAAGCUUAUAAACUUUUACUGAUGAGACUCUCAAGGUUUGGUAAAUGUGGAAUGGUGUUGAAAGUCUGGGAUGAGAUGCAAGAAAGUGGUUAUUCUUCUGAUACAGAUGUUUAUGAGUACGUCAUCAAUGGGCUUUGCAAUAUAGGGCAGCUAGAAAAUGCUGCACUUGUUAUGGAAGAGUCAUUGUGUAAAGGAUUUUGCCCAAGCAAGUUCAUCUAUAGCAAAUUGAAUAACAAGCUAAUGGAUGCAAACAGAGUGGAAAGGGCUUACAAGCUUUUUUUGAAAGUUAAGAAAGCUCGUCGCGCUGAAAAUUCAAGGAGGUUUUGGCGUGCUAAUGGCUGGCACUUUUGAGUUUGUAAUUUUAUUUGAUGAAGAAUGCUGAGAAUUUGUAUUAUCUGGGACACUUCUUUUCUCCAGGUGGGUCUUAAUCCACCUUAGUAAUCAGAAAGACUUCUAUGCAUUCCUGAAAACUAUUUGCUAUCUUGAAUGAUACAUAGAGUUAUGCUGUAUAUGUUGUCA